AUGUCUGCUUUGGUGGAGACGGUGGGCUUCUUCCUGGCCACGGCCGGCUGGGCCAUGCUGGCGGUGACGCUCUUCAACAGCUACUGGAGGGUCUCCAGCGUGUCUGGCAACGUGAUCACCACCUCCACCAUCUUCGAGAACCUCUGGCAGAGCUGCGCCACCGACUCCACCGGCGUCUACAACUGCUGGGAGUUCCAGUCCUUGCUCGAGCUGCCGGCCUACCUGCAAGCGUCCCGGGCCCUCAUGAUCAGCGCCUUGGUGCUGGGCUUCCUGGGACUGUUGUGCGGCAUGGUGGGACUGCAGUGCACCAAAGUGGCUGACGACAACCCCAACGCGAAGGUGAAGCUGGCCGUGCUCGGCGGAUGCAUGUUCGUCCUGGCAGGUAUCUGCAGCAUGGUGACGGUUUCGUGGUAUGCCUUCAAUAUCACCCGCGAUUUCUUUAACCCGCUCUUUGUCGGAACAAAGUAUGAAAUUGGACCGGCCCUCUACCUGGGCUGGAGCGCAUCGUUGCUCGUGAUCAUUGGAGGCGGGUGCCUGUUUACCUCGUGUAGGACGCAGUUGUCGCAGGACAAGAGUUACGGGUAUCCCUACAAGGCCUCCAAGAGUGCCAUCUCGGCCCCAGUCACUUCGGCUCCCCGCCCACGGAUAGACUCUAACGCCAGCAGCGGUGGAAAAUAUGGCAAGAACGCUUACGUCUAAGGCUGUGUGAGAAGGGGGUGACUCCCCGCUUCCCCCCAAAAAGACAUGUUUGGAUGCUUCUCUUGCGGCCCGGAAGGGCCUUACAGAGAUGGCAAGCUACUGGGGGGCUUUCUCAUCUCGGUAACCCCACUCCUUGCUUCGGACAUUCCUUGGACGGAG